UCAGGAGGAGACAGACUGAGGACCGAUGAGACGCUCGGAAGACAUCUGAUCCGAGACCAGCUGCAGGGAGCCGCUGCGGUCUUUCACAGCUGCAGGUCCCUGAACGCACCCUCUGUGUGCGUGCGUGUGCGUGCGUGAAGGAUGCCGGACCACAUCUCAGUGAGCGAGUUCCUGUCCGAGACCACCGAGGACUACAACUCCCCCACCACGUCCAGCUUCACCACCCGGCUGCAGAGCUGCAGGAACACCGUCAGCAUCCUGGAGGAGGCUCUGGAUCAGGACCGCUCAUCCCUCCAAAAGGUGAAGAAGUCAGUCAAAUCCAUCUUCAGCUCAGGACAAGAGCAUGCUGGGAACCAGGAGAGCUUCAGUCAGGCCCUGGAGCGACUGGGUGGAAACAACUCUGAGCUGGGAGCUGCCUUUGUUAAGUUCUCCUGCCUUGUUAAAGAGCUCGCCGCUCUGCUCAAGAACCUGUUGCAGAGUCUGAGUCAUAAUGUAGUGUUCACCCUGGACUCUCUGCUGAAAGGAGACCUGAAAGGAGUCAAAGGGGAUCUGAAGAAGCCUUUUGAUAAAGCCUGGAAGGACUACGAGACCAAGUUCACGAAGAUUGAGAAGGAGAAGCGUGAGCACGCCAAACAGCAUGGGAUGAUCCGCACUGAGAUCACGGGAGCUGAAAUUGCAGAGGAGAUGGAAAAGGAAAGGAGGGUAUUCCAGCUGCAAAUGUGUGAGUACCUGAUUAAAGUGAACGAGAUAAAGACGAAGAAAGGCGUUGACCUGCUGCAGAACCUUAUCAAAUAUUACCACGCUCAGUGCAAUUUUUUUCAGGAUGGGUUGAAAACAGCCGACAAGCUCAAGCAGUACAUCGAAAAGCUGGCUGCUGACCUUUACAAUAUCAAACAGAGUCAGGAUGAAGAGAAGAAGCAGCUCACGACUCUCAGAGAUCUCAUCAAAAGCUCCAUGCAGCUGGACCAGAGAGAGUCCAGAAGAGACUCUCAGAGCAAGCAGAGCGGCUACAGCAUGCACCAGCUGCAGGGGAAUAAGGAGUUUGGCAGCGAGAAGCGAGGAUACCUUCUGAAGAAGAGUGACGGGCUCAGGAAGGUGUGGCAGAGGAGGAAGUGUUCGGUGAAGAGUGGCGUUCUCACAAUAUCUCACGCUACAUCCAACAGACAGCCGGCCAGGUUAAACCUGCUCACCUGUCAGGUGAAACCCAGCACGGAGGACAAGAAGUGCUUCGACCUGAUCUCUCAUAACCGGACGUACCACUUCCAAGCCGAGGAUGAGCAGGAGUUUAUCAGCUGGGUGUCUGUGCUGACCAACAGUAAGGAGGAGGCGCUGAACGUGGCGUUUCAGGGCGGAGCUCAGAGUUCGGUGGUGGAGGAAGAGGAGGAGCUCACCAAGAGCAUCAUCGACGAGGUGCUGCGAUCGCCGGGCAACGACUCCUGCUGUGACUGCGGGGCUGCAGAUCCUCGCUGGCUCUCCACCAACCUGGGGGUCCUGACCUGCAUCGAGUGCUCGGGGAUCCACCGAGAGAUGGGAGUCCACGUGUCCCGGAUCCAGAGUCUGGAGCUGGACAAGCUGGGCACCUCCGAACUGCUGCUUGUCAGGAAUGUGGGGAACCUUAGUUUCAAUGAGAUCCUGGAGUCCAGCCUGCAGACCUCCUCUCUGAAGCCGACUCCCUCCAGCGACAUGACGGCGAGGAAGGAGUUCAUCAACGCCAAGUACAUGGACCACAGAUUCGCCCGGCGCACCGUCUCACCGGGGAGCAGCGGCCUGGACGAGCUGAACGAAGCCGUGCAUUCCCGGGACCUGCUGUCGAUCGUCCAGCUGUUCGCUGAGGGGGUGGAGCUUCUGCAGCCCCUCCAUGAGGCAGGAAAGGAAGCGGGAGAGACGGCUCUUCACUACUACGUCCGGACAGCUGAUAACUCCUCCCUCCACCUGGUGGACUUCCUGGUGCAGAACAGCGGCAGUCUGGAUGGACAGACGGACGCUGGAAACACGGCCCUGCACUACUGCUGUCUGUACAACAAGCCUCAGUGUGUGAAGCUGCUGCUGAGAGGAAAACCCGACAUCCACAUCACCAAUCAGGACGGAGAGGCAGCUCUGGACAUGGCCCGCCGACUGAAGAACUCUCAGUGUGAAGAACUGUUGGUAGAGGCUGUUUCUGGCAGAUUCAACCCUCACGUUCACGUUGAAUAUGAGUGGAAUCUCCGGCUGGAUGAACUGGAUGAGAGCGACGACGAGCUGGAUGACAAGCCCAGCCCAGUGAAGAAGGAGCGCUCCCUUCGUCCUCAGAGCUUCUGUCCAUCGUCAAGCCUGUCCUCUCAGGAGAAGCUCUCCCUGCCGGCCUCCUUUGUUCCUCCUCACAGGGACAAGCAGCGGCUCUCCUAUGGAGCUUUUGCAAACCCAGUGUACAGCACCUCCUCCGACACGCCUCCGUCUCCUGGACCUGAGACCUCCGGGCCGUCCCCGACUGCUCGCAGCCAGAGCAAAGGCCCCACCUCGAGCCCCCCCGUCUCCCUCCCUCUAACCUCCCACAGCAGCGGGGGCACCCUGAAGAAGAGACCCCCUCCCCCUCCACCGGGGCACAAGCGCACCUCGUCAGACCCCCCGAGCCCUGUCCCGGCCGGGAAAGGAAGUGAGAUGACGCCCCCACUUGGAAAUAGAGUCUCAUCUGCUGCCAAGUUCGAAGGACUGCAGCAGCAGCAGAGCACGACCUCCAGUCACACCAAGUCCACACUGGGACCCAGAGUUUUACCUAAACUACCUCAAAAAGUGGCUCUCAGAAAGAUCGACACCAUUCACCUCCCAUCUAUUGACAAGCCUGGUCAGCCUGUAGACGUCCCACACAAACCUCCAUCCUCCCCCUCCUCCCUGUCUGACCCCCAGAAGUCACCCCCCUACAUCGAUGCCUCCCCAAAAGCCCCCCUCACUCCAGUGGACUCCUCCCAAAGAGCUCCGUCAAUGGAGAAGCCUCCGCUCUCCGAUCUUCCUCCCAAGCCUCACCUGUCUGACCUCCCCCCGAAACCUCUCCUCAGAGACCUCCCCCCGAAGCCUCAGAUCACUGACCUGCCCCCUAAACCGACGCCCAGUGACAGACCCGGGCCGGCCCCCGCUGCUGCCGAUGCUCAGGUGGAAGCCGAGAGCCAGGCGCCGGUCCAGUCGGGGGAGCUGUCAACUCAACCGGUCACUGACGAUUCCCCCCCGGGGGCCGUGGAGAUGCCCGUCCCUCUGCCUCGUAAAAUCAACUCUAUUAAAAGCAAAGUGCGGAGAGUGAAAACCAUUUACGACUGUCAAGCUGACAAUGACGACGAGCUGACCUUCGCCGAGGGAGAGGUCAUCAUCGUCACUGGAGAGGAGGACCAGGAGUGGUGGAUCGGGCACAUAGAAGGGCAGCCUGACAGGAAAGGCGUCUUCCCCAUGUCGUUCGUUCACAUCCUUUCCGACUGACAGGGUCGAGCGUGCGGCUGACGCCAGCCUCCGCAAGCCCCGCCCACGAGUGACAGUGGACGGAGUUAGUCUGCUAGCCACAGACCGACAGGAAAACGCUAACAAAGCCAGUUGCAGACGCUGAAUUCUUGCUGUAAAUAGACCCUACUAUGCUACCAACAGUGUUACCUUAGCAACCCAGCAUGCAGACCCAGGCGGGCCGUAGCAAAGGAGUCUCCAGAGAAGGAAAAGAUCCAGACGACGGGACAGGCAGGAGGACGAGAGGAAAGGAGGACCUUGGGGAGGACGAGAAGACAGGCGAGACUUAAAUGUAGCCUUUACCUUGUGACCACUGGUGCCCCCUGCAGGCAGCUCAUCACACCGAAGCACAAGACAAAGCACAACAGAAUCGAUUCUGAGUCAUGUUGUCCAUCUGACGGAUACUGCUGACAGAAAAGCACAAAAAAACAAAUGAACUCUCACAAUCCAGAUGACUUCUUCUCCAACGUCUUCUUCUGCGGCUACCGGAUGAAAUCGCUGCUCUGCUGUUUUAUUAGGGUCCACAAGAGUCCUGCUCUGGUUCAGCCUGCACCCAUUGAGUAAUUAGCCAAUCGAAUUAGGCCAGAUUAGUGAUUUUAGCAAUGGGCUUUCACUGCAGGACUCCGGGGUCCCUCAUGUUUCCUCUUCAGGGAGAAGCAACUUGUCUGCAAACCUUAGUGAUGCAAAACGGGGAACACUGUAAAAUCGUUCUGUUGCGUCUGACUCCAGAGGGAAAAGCAGGAAAACAGUUGUCUGUGUGUCGCUUCUGAUGCCAGUUUCUGUUUCCCAUGUUCACAGUAGCUUCUGUCUGUCGGUGUGACGUUUCCUUCUCUUUAGAUUCCUCUGACCUUCGUAGUUACUGUCUGUUCCUGUCUAUAGAUACGCGCCUGUUGCUGGUACCCAGUCCUGUUUCAUCCGGUUUUAUCUCAGCAAAGUCACUCUGUUUCUCCUGAAGUUCUGUUCAAUUCAUCAAGGAGUUUUAUUCACUUGAAAGGAGAAGUCAAGAACGAGUUUAAGAAAAAUCCAACAGGAGAAUUU